AUGACCUCGCUAUUGCGUCAGAUGUGUUACAUCAAUAAAACUACAAGAAUUGGCUCACUCAACGUUUAUAAACAAUUUCUAUGUGCUAAAUCUGAUGAUCCAAUCCAAUCUCAUAUAGGAAAAUUAGUGAAGGGUAACAAAAUCGUCGUCUUCAUGAAAGGUGACCCACAAGCUCCCAGAUGUGGGUUUAGCAAUGCAGUUGUUGAUAUUUUGAAUAUUCACAAAGCUAAAUUUGAAGCGCAUGAUGUACUUGUUGAUGAAAAUCUUAGAAAUGGAAUAAAAGAAUUUUCCAAUUGGCCAACAAUUCCCCAAGUUUUUGUAGAUGGAGAAUUCAUUGGUGGUUGUGAUAUUUUGUUGCAAUUGCAUAGGUCAGGCGAAUUAGAUAAAAUACUAGAAAAGAACACUCAAGAAAAUCCUGUAGCAUAA